AUGUCCAUGUUGUCGUGCCGUGUGUUGUGUCUGUUGGCCAUUGUGCUCUGCUGUGUGGGUGUGGCUCAUGCUGGUGCUUCAGGUCAAGCGGGACGUGUUGAGGAAGCACAAGAGAAGGAGAAGGAGGUUUUAAAGCAGAAGGAGAAGUGCGAGAACGCCGCCAAGGCUGCUCUAAAGGCCGCGGAUGAAGCUCAAGAAUUUGUUGAUACCACUCUAAAGAAACUUGAAACAAUUGCUGCUGACCCAGAAGAGGUGAAGAGAACGAAAAAUAAAGGUGAUGAACACAUUAAAAAUGUAGCGAAGGCUGCAAAGAAAGCAAAUGAAGUGGCCGAACAAACGACAAAGAGUAUGGCUGCACCUAGAGACCUAGUCAACAUUCUUCGUGGAGAAUAUGAUGAUAAUCUGGCGACAUCUGUUGAAAAACUAAUUAAAGAUGCAGAAAAAGCGGCAGAUGAUGCUAUCAUCCAUGCCGACAAAGCGAGCAUGUGUAUUGGUAAGGUGGUGAGUGUCCUGCAGAAACUCGAUGCCGCAGUUGUUGCUGCUGCCAAAGAGAAGAAAGAAAAACAAGUGGAGCCUCAACCAAAGCCACAGGAACAGACAAAUAAAACAUCUCCUGGUGGGCAACAAGGCCAUACAGAAGGAAAUCAGACGGAGGAAACACAAGAAAUACAGGUGGAGUCUCAGCCACAGGAACAGACAAAUAAAACAUCUCUUGGUGAGCAGCAAGGUCAUACAGAAGGAAAUCAGACGGAGCAAACACAAAAAGAGAAACAAAGACAGCACUACCGUUCUACUGUUACUAUUAAUAUCCACGGAGAUAAUCUCGAUGCCUUACUCAGUGGUGCAGCGAAUAACAGUGGUAUGGCAUUAAAUGACGGCAGCAGCAGCCCUGCAUUACUGCGUGUUCCACUCCUGCUGCUGCUCCUCUCUGUGCUGGGCUGCAUGGCCGUGUGCUGA